AUGAUUGGUCGUCACUCAUCGUACACCAAGUAUGGCACACGCGCAUGGUUCCUAACUGUGAAGCUGCCUCCGUUACGUUUCUCACUAAAGACUGCAACCGAGAAAUUCCCGGACUAUUCGAAGUUAUGGAUGGUCAAGGGCCAGGUGAAUGUGGAUCUGGGCCAAAUAGAGACAGCCAGGAGCACAUACACAAAAGCA